UGUAAACAAAAACUACUAUAUAGUAUACAUUUGUACAUUGAAAUUAGGAAAAGUAUUUACUAUAUAUUGAAAUUAAUGUUUAUCUCUGUCAGAAGUCAUUAAUAUUUGUAAAUAAUGAUAAAAUCGCAAGAGUCUCGUGAUUUCGAUCUAGCAAGACAGUUAUAUCAGGAAGAUAAUCAUUUCGGGCUUAGUGAAAAUGCAAUUAUACCAAAACAUAGAGACAAAGAAAAAUACAAGCCGAGAACAUUGAUUGAUCAAACCUUGGAAUUAAUUGAUCCAACACCUAACAUUCAUACACUGUUUGUGCAAUUUAAUGAACGUUUCUUUUGGAACAUUUUACUGCCAGUAGAAAUCAAAUGGAGUAGUAGAAUGACUAGUUGUGCGGGAAUUUGUUCUUUUCAUCCAAGAAAUAGACAAUGUAUAAUUUCACUCAGUGCACCCUUAUUAAAAUUGAGACCAAGAAAAGAUCUUGUGGAGACUCUAUUACACGAAAUGAUUCAUGGUUAUUUGUUUCUUACAAAUAAUAAUCGUGACAGAGAUGGACAUGGGCCAGAAUUUUGUAAGCAUAUGGACAGAAUAAAUAAAGCAGCUGGAACAAAAAUAACUAUAUAUCAUAGCUUUCAUGAUGAAGUUAAACUCUAUAAACAACAUUGGUGGAGAUGCAAUGGUCCUUGCCAAAAAAAGGCUCCAUAUUUUGGAACAGUGCGUAGAGCCAUGAAUCGUGCACCAGGACCAAAUGAUUUUUGGUGGAAGGAACACCAACAAACUUGUAAUGGGCAGUUUAUUAAAAUUAAAGAGCCAGAAAAUUUUAAAGCAAAAGGCUCUAAAAAUAAAGAGAAAGUAAAGCCUGCUGCUAAAAGUAAUGGGUCAACAAACAAUAUGUUUAACUGGCUUACUAAACCAACUUCCACUAUUACUGUAUCACCAUCUCCAUCUACUUCUAAAACUAUCAAACCAAUUGAAAAGUUUUCAAACUCUCAGAAUGGAUUGAAAAAACUUGGAAAUAAUACAAAUAAUGUUCAUGGUUGGGGUACAGGUGGUCCAAAUGGUUCGAAUGGUUCAAAUAGUUCACCAAAGACUACUUCAGUUUCUGGUACACCAACAUUUUCCUGUUCUGGUAUUCUUGGUGGUUUUAAUACAGGAAGAAGUAAUUUGUUGAGCAAGUUUGAUAAUAGUAAUAAACGUCGCAAGUUAAACACGAAUACUGAAGCACCAAAAAAUACAAUAAACACAUUUGUUAAAUCAAAGUCAACAGAUUCAACUAAUAGACAAUCUAAUGGCCAAUUAGUCAAAGAAGUGAAGCUUAUUGAAUGUCCAGUAUGCAGUAAUUUUGUGUCAGAUGGUGAUGUAAAUAAACAUUUAGAUUCUUGUUUAAUGACAACGGGUAAAAAAUCAAUUCACAAUGUUAGCAACACUAAAAAACAGAAGAAUGAGAAAAAUUGUUCAUCUGCACAAAAAAGAAAGAUUGAUGUAGAUACAUUUUCAAAAAAGCAACCGGAGUUGGACAAUUUAAAAGUAUCAAAUUGUCCUGUGUGUAAUAAAAUUUUUAACCUUAAGGAUAUAAAUGAUCAUCUUGAUAACUGCCUUUCACAAAGUGAUACGGAUUGUAAAACUGAAACUAAAAAUGAUAGCAUAAUUUCGUUGAGUAGUUCAUCUAGUGACGAUUUAUCUUUACUUAACGAGGAAUCAAAAGACCUCCAGGGCCAAACUCCUGUUUCAAAAUUUCAAACAAAUAAUACAACUGAAGCGGAUUCACACAAAUGUUUAGUUUGUAAUACGUUUAUUCCCCUCGGAACUUCCUUAAACGAUCACCUAGAAGACUGUAUUGGAAGCGUAUUUAACGAUGAUUCAACUUUGUCAAUAGAUUGUGAUAACAAGGAAGUAUCAGAAACAGCUUUAGAAACAUCAUGUAAUCAGAGUGAUACAUACCCUUGUCCUGUUUGUAUGGAAUUAGUAUUACAAUCUUUCAUGAAUCGACAUUUGGAUGUAUGCCUUAAAAGUACGUGA